AUGGCGGCUGAUUCUGAAUCCUUCUACUUUCCUCAUGAAGUUGUGACAGAAAUCCUAUUGAAACUUCCAGCUAAAUCUUUAAUUCGAUUCACAGUUGUCUGCAAAUCAUGGUAUUCCCUCAUCACCAGUUUUCCUUUCAUCUCAGCUCACUUCGCCCAAACCCCACAAUCCGACACUGUUUUUGUUAGGCGUUAUGACAGUUCUUGCAAUAGAGAACACUAUUCCUUGUUUGAAGACUCUAAGAAUCGACCCUUUUACUUGAAUUUCACAUCGAAACUGUAUUUCCCGUUCAAUUGCCCACUUGGAUAUUUCAGAAUUGUUGGCAGCUGCAAUGGCAUCCUGUGUUUGUCAGACGAUUUGUUUGGUGAGUUGCGGAGUCUUAUUUUGUGGAACCCUUCUAUUCAGAAAUUUAUAACUUUACCCAUGCCUUCAAUUAAUCCUCAGUCGCCUCAUAUGUUUGUUUUUGGAUUUGGUGCUGAUUUGCGUGAGUCUGAUGACUAUAAGUUGGUUAGACUUGUGUAUCGUAAGAAUGAUGAUGUCUUGUAUAAUGAUCCUCCGGAGAUUGAGAUUUAUUCGAUUAAUAGUGGGGUUUGGAGGAGAGUGAUUGGGGUUGAGAUUAAGCAUUGUAUAGUGGAGUUUAUGUGGUCUCAGGUUUUUGUAAAUGGAAAUGUACAUUGGAUUGCGUAUGAUUUGGUUGCGAAUGGUGGUGACCUUCGGAGUUUAGUUAUGACUUUUAGUAUAGCGGAUGAGGUGUUUGGGGAGAUUAUGUUGCCGGAUGCUUUAGUUGGUGUAAUUGCAACAAAUUUAUCGAUUAUGUUGUUUGAGGAAUCACUUGCUGUUGUUAAGUAUGAGAGGGAGAUAGAUGGUGCUUCAUGUGAAGUAUGGGUGAUGAAACAAUAUGGAGUUUUGGAAUCUUGGAGUAGAUUGUAUCGUAUAAAUUUGGUUGCAGGUAUGGAGAGAAUAGUUGGAUUUAUGAACAACGGUGAAGUUUUGUUUUCAACUAGGAGCAAUGAUCUGGUUUCGUAUGAUCCAAAUAGUGGACGAAAUAGGGGUCUUCUUCGUAUUCAAGGGAGCUCUCGCUCAUUUUAUGUUCAAAAUUACGUGGAAUCACUUAUUUUGCUUAAAGGGAACAGUAUCGUUUCUGGUGAGUUGUUGGAAUGA